AUGGAGCAGGCUUUCAUCGAUGCAUCCAUCAAAAACGCCACAGCUUCUCAAAAAGAGUCAGGCAUCGUCCGCUUCGAUCUUCUACAGAAUAAUGACGACAAUACGAAGUUCACGCUGAUAGAAAUAUACAGCAACCCCGAUGCCCCGGCCGCCCACAAAGAAACGGACCAUUAUAAGGAGUGGAGAGACACGGUGGCUGACAUGAUGAACACGCCUCGCUCAGCGUAA